UUUGUAGGGUUGGCGUAUAAUCCGAGUAGUACGUUGUUUGUGAAUGUUCCGAGCAUUUGCAAAUUGCAGUGGCAUCCGUUUACGAUAAGUUCGAGCAGUAACUUGGAGACUGACAAUCUGAGUGUUAUAAUCAAAACUCAGGGAAAUUGGACACAGAAGCUCUACAAACAACUUUCUACUUCUUUGGAUCAUCUUCAAGUAUCGACCGAAGGACCUUACGAACCUGCAUCAAAUCAUUUUCUAAGGUAAUUAAGUAAAUUAGCCAAGCAUGCAUUUGAUCAAGAAAUUGACAAAGAUAAAUUUUUGUUGCAGCCGUGACUCGUUGGUAAUGAUCAGUGGAGGAAGUGGGAUUACUCCUUUCAUCUCAAUAAUACGAGAAAUAAUAUUCAGAAGCACACAAUCGAACAAGAAAGUUCCGAAAGUUUUACUAGUGGCCGCUUUCAAGAAUACAACCGAUUUAACCAUGCUCGAUCUCUUGCUUCCUUUGUCCGGCAUUCCUACAGACAUAUCCAAAUUGCAAAUUCAGAUAGAAGCGUACGUUACUCAAGAACACGAAAGACCACUAAAAGAUUCCAAGAAUCAAAUUCAGACAAAACUUUUCAAGCCGAAUCCAUCGGAUUCGCCAAUAUCAGCAGUUUUAGGCAAAAACGGUUGGCUAUGGCUCGGCGCGAUAAUUUCGUCUUCAUUUUUCAUGUUUUUACUGCUAUUGGGAUUCGUGACUCGUUACCAAAUAUAUCCGGUGGAGCAGAGGAAAGAGAACUACCAUUACAGCUACAAGAUUCUUUGGGACAUGUUUCUUGUAUGUGUCAGUGUCUUCGUAGCAACUAGUGCCGUUUUUCUAUGGCAGAAGAGGAAACUAUCUGUUGAUCAAAAGCAAAUUAAGAAUGUGGAUUUUUAUACACCGACGAAAAUGUCACCUUCGUCUUGGUUAAGUCCGUCGGAUAGAGAACUCGAGAGCCUCCCUCAUCAGUCUCUUGUUCAAUCCACUACAGUUCAUUAUGGCGCACGACCUGAUCUUAAGAGUAUACUCGAUGAUCGAUGCAAAGAAUCGGAAGUUGGAGUAUUAGUUUCGGGGCCAAAAAGUUUACGAAAUGGAGUUGCGAAAAUCUGUGCCUCUGGUUCAGCUAAAAAUCUCUCCUUUGAGGCUAUGAGCUUCACCUGGUGGGAAGUUAAGCUAGACAGUGUAGCUCUCAUGCUAGGACUUGUUGGCAACAUAUGUUUGUCUUUCCUCUUCUUCCCUAUAAAUCGAGGCUCCUCAAUCUUACGCCUCGUUGGAGUAACAUCCGAAUCCUCCGUUAAGUAUCACAUUUGGCUUGGCCACACUGUUUUAACCCUCUUCACUGCACAUGGUGUAUGUUACAUCAUUUAUUGGGCCACAACACAUCAAAUCUCAGAGAUGCUGAAAUGGGAUAGAGACGGAAUUUCAAAUGUGGCCGGUGAAGUAGCUUUGCUUUCUGGAAUAGUCAUGUGGAUCACAAGCCACUCUCUUGUCAGAAGGAAGAUAUUCGAGCUUUUCUUCUACACGCAUCAUCUCUACAUUGUUUUCGUUUUUUUCUUCAUUUUGCAUGUGGGCUUCUCGUAUUCUUGCAUUAUGCUCCCUGGAUUCUAUCUCUUCAUAAUCGACCGUUUUUUGAGAUUCCUACAAUCUCAACAACGGGUUUUCUUGAUCUCCGCUCGUGUUUUGCCUUGCCAUGCCUUGGAGCUGAAUUUCUCCAAAGAUCCAAAACUGUCUCCUCUGUUUUCGGUAGCAGGACUAAGUUAUAAUCCAUCGAGCAUUGUAUUCAUCAAAGUGAAGAGCAUAUCGAAGCUACAAUGGCAUCCAUUCACCGUAACCUCAAACAGUAAAAUGGAUCCACAUCAGCUGAGCAUCGUCAUCAAAAGUGAAGGAACCUGGUCUCGGAAUCUUUACGAGAAUCUUUCAUCUCCAACUCCAAUCGAGCGUCUUGAAAUAUCUGUCGAAGGACCUUACUCGCCAACAUCAACUUCAUCAUACUUAAGGUUCAAAUCAUCAAAAAAAAAAAAAUCGAAAGAACUAAUUUUUUUUUUUAAUCGUACCGUUUUAUGUUGCAGGCAUGAAAUGCUGGUAAUGGUGAGUGGAGGGAGUGGCGUCACUCCUUUUAUCUCCAUCAUUAGAGAACUCGUCUUCAUAGCAAACACCGAUAAUGAAAAGAAUAUUCCAAGAAUUAUUCUUGUGGCUGCUUUCAAGAAAUCGGAAGAUCUCGCAAUGCUGGACCUUCUCCUUCCGUUUUCCAGAACUUCUCACGAUGUUUCUCGUGUGCAGAUACAAAUUCAGGCUUAUGUUACUCGAGAUAAAAAUCCCACAACGGAAAAAGGCCACAAAACCAUUUGGUUUAAACCAAGUGUUUCAGACAAGCCGAUUUCCGUAGUUUUAGCAGGCUCAAGGAGUUGGCUUUGGCUUGGAGCUAUUAUCUCAUCAUCAUUUAUCGUUUUUCUUCUACUAAUCGGCUUAAUCAACCGAUACUACAUAUACCCGAUUGAUCACAACACCUAUUUGAAAUAUUCACAAGCAGCAAGAUCGACAAUUACUACUUCGGUUUUGUGUGCGUCUGUGGUUAUUACAGCAACACUAGCUUUUCUUUGGAACAAAAACAAGAACAAUAAAGACAAGAACCAGAUUCAAAGUGCAGACAGCUCAAAUCAGGUGCCCGAACCAUGGCUUUACGAAGUUGAUAGAGAACUAGGGAGCUUCCCAAAUCAGUCUCUCAAGCGAGUUACUACGGUACAUUACGGCGAAAGGCCUAAUAUGAAAAAAAUACUGUCCGAGUGUGAAGAAUUAAACGUCGGCGUUUUAGUGAGCGGGCCGAAGAAGAUGAGACAAGAAGUAGCUGCAAUUUGUUGUUCAUCCAAGAAUCUUCAUUAUGAAUCUUUUAGUUUUAACUGGUAAUUUGACAACAUUGUAACAUGUCUUGCCAGCAGCAUCUUGCAAUUGCAGAAUGAAUAUCAUAUAUAUAUCCUUUCUUUUCAUACUAGUGGAUUUUAUUUUGAUAAUAAUCUCUU